AGAAAUAGAGAGAGAGAAGAUAAGAUGGGUGUGAACGAAAAUUUCAACAAGGAUGAUGAUCAUCAUGAGUGUGUGGAUGACGAUGAAAUCCCACUUCCUGGAUUUCGAUUUCAUCCCACAGACGAAGAGCUUGUUAGUUUCUAUCUACGAAGGAAGCUUGACAAGAAACCCAUCAGCAUCGAGCUCAUCAAACAGAUUGAUAUUUACAAAUACGAUCCUUGGGAUCUUCCAAAGAGCAAUGGCAGUGGAGGAGAGAAGGAGGGGUACUUCUUCUGCAGAAGAGGGAGGAAGUAUAGGAAUAGCAUAAGGCCUAAUAGAGUGACUGGGUCUGGGUUCUGGAAAGCAACCGGCAUAGACAAACCAGUGUACUCACAAGGUGGAGAAGGCAAUGACUGCAUUGGACUCAAAAAAACACUUGUCUAUUACCGUGGCAUUGCAGGCAAAGGCACCAAAACCGAUUGGAUGAUGCACGAGUUUCGACUUCCUUCUAACACAGACACCAACACAAGCCUUCCAAACUCCAGGAAUUAUGUCGAUGUUCCCCUAGAAGCUGAAAUUUGGACGUUGUGUAGAAUUUUCAAGAGAAACGUGUCACAGAGGAAGCACGUGGCGGACUUGAAACAAGUAUCUGCCAAGCGCCAUGCAUUUUAUGACAAGAGCUCGAGAGCGAGCAACAUGGAGUCUGACAGUGGUAACCAAGAAUCGUAUAUAAACUUUGGUGGGUACUAUCACAACGAGCAGAAACCCGUCAUCAACUACACAAACUGUGAUAAAAGGAAUCAGUUUAGUGUGGUGAGUCAGUUGUGUUCUACAGUGGCACAGCAGCAACCUCAACUGACUGCACCGUCUUCUAACCUUUGGAGUAACCCACCUGGGAACGAUUUCUUCACAUUCGAUAACUGGGAUGAACUUGGAUCCGUAGUGAAGUUUGCUGUUGAUUCGCCUAGCUUGUAGAUGAAGAGGUGGAAUUCGUGUUGAGUUGAUCGUAGUUAAUUGGAGAUGUUACAAUGAAAUCUAUAUCAUGAGAGUGCGUUUGCUUGUUUUAGAGAUUAUUCAUGCUGUUGAUCAUGAUGACCUGUAGUUAACAGACUUGUUGACAUACGAUAUGAAU